CGCUGUGAUGGGUCACAUGGUAGCAUAGCAGUUUGAGUAGAGAGCUCUAAUCGAAACAGUCAUCCAACGAAUCUCUCUGGCAGAGGAUAACUUUAUACUCUUUGCUAUCGUUUCCUUCAAGAAAAUACAUAUUUUUAUGCUAUAGCUAUAUAUAGGCUUAGGCCUAUCUUUAGCCUACAGAAAAAACAUCAGACGGACAGCUUUUUGGAGCGCUCUGCGGAAAGAAAAAGAUAUGGAAUUCCGAUCGUUCGAUUCAUUCUGAAGCGACAAAAUUGGCUACAAUCUUUGGUUUGAUUCGGGACGUUUAAACAAAAUGAAUACAUUUGAAUUUAUGUGAAUAGUUUUGACAGAUGGUUGUCGUCAAAUAUCACGGUGCGAAAUCAGUCUGAUUGGCAACAGUAGCUGUUGCGCUAUAGAUGUAUCUGCGGAACUAGUAGGCCUAAAUGCGUUUGCCGACUAUUUUCUGAAUGCUUCAAUUCAUUGAUCUGUAGUAUCAACCAGCGACCGAAAAAGUUGCUGAAAACAAGCUAACACGUCAUCAGACUUCAGGUUCAGAGGACAUUCCAUGUCUACAAAAGCAGGGGGUGUAAUAGCCUACAUCAGCUCCUCUAGCCCUGAGUCAUGUCAUAGUGACUCAAAUGACUGCAGCUACAACUCCUCCUCUCUGACACACAACUCCUCCCACAGCUGUCGCCAGGGAAACGUGGUGGACACGCCCCUGAACAUGGCAGGCCUCACCCUCCCGCUGGCCCACACUAUUGCGAAGACCGGACGCUCGGCUUCCACUGCAAAAUGCAACAUUACUAAAAUCAACGGCAUGGUGCUGCUGUGUAAGGUGUGCGGAGACAUUGCAUCUGGAUUCCACUAUGGGGUCCAUGCCUGUGAGGGCUGCAAGGGUUUCUUCCGUCGGAGCAUCCAGCAGAACAUCCAGUAUAAGAAAUGCCUGAAGAACGAGAGCUGUGCCAUCAUGAGGAUCAACAGGAACCGCUGCCAGCAGUGUCGCUUCAAGAAGUGUCUACUGGUCGGCAUGUCCAAGGACUCUGUGCGUUUCGGCCGCAUCCCAAAGCGUGAGAAGCAGCGCAUGCUGCUAGAGAUGCAGAGUGCCGUGAACAACAUGAUGAACAACAGCCAGUUCCACUGCAACACACCCUUCCCCUUGGCCAAUCAGCUUCAGUCGCCAGCCUGCCCCGUGGAGCCCCGCCCCCAAUAUGUUGAUUCUGGCCUAGGCUCCGUCCCCUCCUCCUCCACCUCUCCCGCCGCUUCCCCCGGGUCCAACCAAUCUGAGGAGACCAGCUCUGACCGCGAGCCUGCGGUCGCCAAGAAUAAAAGCCCCAGCCCUAACUCCGUGUCUCCGUCGAGUGCUUCAGACUGCGGGUCAGAGGAGGUGAUUGGCUCGGUGACCCGGGCCCACCAGGAGACCUUCAUGUACAACCAGGAGCAAGGUAGCCCCUCCCCCCAGGCCUACCCCCUGCUGACCUCCCCGGGGGCAGUGCAACAUGUCAGUGACACUAGAAAGAGGAUAGAUGAGAGGAACCGGAACCAGCAGGAGGCCGGGAACCAGCAGAACCAGAACCAGCAAAAUGACCUGGCCUCAUUCAAAGCCACUCAGGCUCAUUACCAGGCCCAGGAGAGGCCCACCAACACUGGGCCUCAGGGCCCUGACAGCCACCAUCGCCAGGAGGACCACACCACCAGCCUCAGCGAGAACCGCUGCCCCUAUAGCAGAGACAGACUGCCCACCAGCUCCCCUAGUGGCCACUGCCCAUCCUACGCCCACCAUGGCCUGAGAGGAGGCAACAACAGCACUAGCCAGGCCACCUCCAAUUCCCAUGGAGGAUUCAGUGGACUACUGUGGAACAGGGGCAACAGGAUGCAUCUGCUGUGUCCCAUGAACACGUCUCCCCAUGUGAACCCCCAUAAGUCAGGCCAUGGGAUCUGGGAGGAGUUCAGCCACAGUUUCACCCCAGCCGUCAGGGAGGUGGUGGAAUUUGCCAAGCGGAUCCCAGGCUUCAGAGACCUCUCACAACAUGACCAGGUCAGCCUGCUCAAGGCUGGUACCUUUGAGGUGCUAGUGGUGCGCUUUGCGUCCCUGUUUGACGUGAAAGACCGCACAGUGAAGUUUCUGGGUGGUAACAAGUACAGCGUGGAGACAUUACAAGCCAUGGGCGCCGGCGACUUCCUGACCUCCAUGAUGGACUUCAGUGACAAGCUGAUGGGGCUCGGCCUCAGCGAGGAGGAAAUGAGCCUGUUCACCGCUGUUGUCCUCAUCUCUGCCGAUCGCUCAGGGAUUGAGAACGUAAACUCUGUGGAGGCUCUUCAGGAGACUCUGAUCCGGCACCUGAGGGGCCUCAUCACUAAGAACCACCCUAACGAGUCGGCCAUAUUCACCAAGCUGCUCCUCAGACUGCCCGACCUCCGCUCCCUCAAUAACAUGCACUCUGAGCAGCUGCUGGCCUUCAAGGUCCAUCCCUAGACCAGAACUAAGGUCAGAACCUGGGGUGUAUUCAUUAGGCACCAAAUGGAAGAACAUUUACUGAAAUGGGGAGGUACUACCUGAACUUGUCCAAUAAGAAAUGCUUGUCGUUGUUGUCGUCCCACCCCCCAUUGCAAAACCUUUUGCUAAGGUGUACCCUAAUGAAUAUGACCAUGGACACUGGGCCUGAGGCCUGUGGCUGUAGACCACAAAGCCCAUUUAUCCACCCACCCUGACACACCUCGACCAGCUACCCCAAUGAACUAUGAAACCUGACCUCCCAAGAUUACCCUCUUAUUCUGCCACUCACUUCACGUGAUCUUUUUCCUUCACAAACAAGUUGAACUAGUGGGGUUAAUGUGUCACGGUUACAGGGGAGGGAGGGGAAAGGCUUAAGACUUAAAAGUUAUCGUACUGUGAGGCUAAAAGGCCUUUAUUGUUGAAGUAAUAACCAUGAACGCAAACGUUCAGACGCAAGCAGAAGAUGGAUGUGUAAUGUUUCUUUGUCUUGUUUCUGUGUGUGCAGGACAUGUUUGCGACUGUACAACCCUUCUUAGAGAAUAACCUUUUAUUAACAUUGUGUAGAUGUGCAUUUUUGCAUCGUUUGUGCAAUAUGAUAUGUGACUGACUAUUUAGACUUUUUGUUUAGCUUUUCUCCAGCAGGCUCCCCAACCCUGUUCCCGAAGAGCUAACCUCCUGUAGGUUUUAACUCCACCGCUGUUCCCGGAGAGAUACUCUCCUGUAGGUAUUUAUUUUUUAAUUAAUUUAACCUUUAUUUAACUAGUCAAGUCAGUUAAGAACAAAUUCUUAUUUACAAUGAUGGCCUACACCGGCCAAACCCGGACGACGCUGGGCCAAUUGUGCGCCGCCCUAUGGGACCCCCAAUCUCGGCCGGUUGUGAUACAGCCUGGAUUCGAUGCAGUGCCUUAGACCGCUGCGCCACUCCAACCCUGUUCCCAGAGAGAUACCCUCCUGUAGGUUUUCACUCCAACCCUGUUCCCGGAGAGAUACCCUCCUGUAGGUUUUCACUCCAACCCUGUUCCCGGAGAGAUACCCUCCUGUAGGUUUUCACUCCAACCCUUGUCUAGCACACUUGAUUCUAACAAUUAGCUGGUUGAUAAACUGAACCAGGUUAGGUCCAACUGGGGUUAGAACCUCCAGGAACAGGGUUAGAGAGCCCCGCUCUACACCUUGGGUGUAUGUUUGUGGUUUAUUUAGGCAGACUAAUCCAAAAGGAUGUUGUGCUUAACUGCCUAAAAAGAGGGUGAUUCGAAAGGGGGUUAGGGCUAGUUAACCUCAACCCCUCUAGUUUAAAGUAAACUGACAAUGACUGACCACAGAGAAGUCUCCUUUCUAAACUGUGUUGAGACAAAGGGAAUGUGGUAAAAGCAUAGAUAGACCUAUGUAAUCAGGGUAAACGCUGCUACUUCACGUCUGUCUCGUUGUGGCCUUAGCUAGUCACCUGAGGAAGAGCUUUGAUUGAAUGUCUUUAUUUGUUGUUGAGAGGAAUCUCUAAUUUCAAGCUUAUAAUUUCAGUUGAUGGUGCAGCAGUUGUAUGUGUGUACAUCAGACAGUUGGUGGCACCCUAAUUGGGGAGGAUGGGCUUGUGGUAAAGGCUGGAAUGGUUUCCAUGUGUUUGAUGCCAUUCCAUUCGCUCCUGUUCCGGACAUUAUUAUGAGCCGUCCUCCCCUCAGCAGCCUCCUGUGGUGUAUAUGUUUUACACGCUAUCAUUCUCCAGAGGGGGUUAUGUUGUAAAUCAUGAAAUGUUCUUGUAGGUAAUGAUGUUGGGUUAUGAACUAACUGAAGUCCAUCAUUGACAGACAUGGUCCCAUCACUUAAUCAUUAUAGUGUAUUGUGAUAGACCUCCCAUUUGAACAAUAGGGGAGCAAACAGACAGGAAGACAAAUACAUGGAGGUUAUUCGAACUGCCAAAGGUUAACAUUGCUAACCAAUAUUACCUAUCAACUCAACACAUCUCCACUUGGAGACAUUUUAGUUGUUUAUUUCCAUGUUAAAAGGAGCCAUUUUUUAUUUUAGACUUGUUAUACCCAUUUCAGAUAUUUCGUUUUGGUGCAAAUUGUUAAAUCAAAAUGUGGUUUGAUUUUGCAGGUGAAAACUGUACUUUGAUUGCUAAUUAUGCAUUUAAUUUGUUUACUGUAAAAAUGUUGUUUUGUGCGCACAUACUUUGUCUUAGAAGCCCAUUCAGGCUGGGCACCAAUUGGUGUAAGACAUAUAAAUAAAAAUCAAUCAGUACACAUAAA